UUGAUUGUUUUUGUGCUACGCUACCAUUAUCAGUGGCUAAAUGGUUUUUGUUUAAUCAACAUCAAAGAAACUAAUGAAUAUAAACGACUAACUUACAUAUUAUAGCCAUUAUAUUUUAGGAACAUCGUGGGUAACAAACUAUUUACUUUUUUACUAUAAUAACGCUAGAAUUACCUACCGCUACCUUUGUAACCUUUGUUUACAAACAUGAACCACCAAUUGAUUGAAAAAGUAAUAAAGUCUAACAACGGAGACUGUCCCAAUUUCGUUUAUGAGAAUCCAGUACUUGAUCGCAAUGUAGCAAGGGCUCUCUCAUCAAGUUUUGUCAAAAUUCUCAGUACUUCUGGGCAGAACUCUAAAAUUAACAACAACCUGCGGUUUUCCAUACUAGAGAACAUAAGGAAAAUGUGCCAAAUCGAGCCUAAAAACCACGUCACCAUUGAUGAUUCCUUGGUUCAGACUUUAACAGAACUUUAUCAGAUGCAUACACUUGAAGCCACCACUUCACAGGUGGAUCCUGUCGAGAAACAACUGGACGCAUUCUUGAUUCGCCGAUUCACUCAAAUGGAAAUAAUUCCAAGAUGUUCAUCUACAUUGAAUCCCGAAAUUAUUCAGGCUUUAAUAAAUUUAAAUGAUAAAGGAGUCUAUUUGGGCAUGCUGUCAAAUGAUAUCAUUCAUUGGCAUAUUAGAAAUGGAAAUUACAUGUGUUUAUUGAAAGAAUUAUGGGAUCAGAAUUUAAGAGACAAGUUCAAUAGUAAUGUUAAAGAUGACAUAUCAUUAAAAAUGAAAGCUGAAAUCGAAAAAAUGUUAUUGAAUAUUUGUCUAGAAGUGUUAUCUAGAGACUUCAACCUGGACAGAUUAUUGGAAGAUAAUGCACAACUCACAGACUUAGUAAAUAAAUGUGGAUAUUCACCAAUGUGCUUUCAAAUAUGCUCUGGGAUAUUAAACUUCAUUUUUAUAAUGACAAAUUUUGAAAUGCGAAUGCAAAUGUUUAUUCCAAGGUUCAUAAAACUGGUGAAGAAGAAAUAUCCAGGCAGUGCGUCACGUCUGUACCCGAUACAUUUGAAUAAUUUAGUAAUAUUAAUGGAUUUUGAUGUCAAUGACCUACCAAGCCAUCUGAAAGAACAGUAUAUUAAUUCUAGUUUACCAUAUAUGCGUAAUUUGCAUAAAGAGUCUGAAAGUGACUUGAUAUUAUUACUGUCUCACUUCCCACAGUGGUUUGAUAUUUACUUUGGCCAUCUUACAGUUGAUACUUAAAUAUUAUAUGUAUAU